CACCUCCCCUUGUCCUUUAUCACUGAUUGCUCUCCCUUGCUAUUGGAAGUCGGGUGACAGACCCUAACCGACUAGUGCCUGCUAUGAUACGAUCCCAGUCGCCCAUUCACCGACUACUACUCCCACCCCCCCUCACGUUUUCGGCCGAUCAUGAGUACUAGUCCUCCUCCUCCGCCGCCGUCUGGCUCGCCCCCCGCCCAACCGGGGUCUCCUCCGUCCCGAGAUUCUGGAACUGUAUGGCAUCCCGCUAGGGAAUGGUUGGAAGAGGAAGAGGACGAGGAUGAUAUGGACUAUGAGCCGGAUGAAAUAGAGGCAGAAGAAGAAGAAGAAGCAGAGCUAGAUGCGGAAUUGUAUGAAGACGAGGAUGACAUUGAUGAUGCUGAUGAUCAUCGCUUCGGUAGGAUUUCCCUCCCCCCUCCUUUUACAACUGGCACAUUGGCUUGCAUGCGUUGGAUUUACUUCUUCUUUUGCUAGUGUCUUUUAUUCUGAGAACUUACACCUUUUUCAAGACCCGGAAUUGCAUCUAGGUAAUAUACAUAUUGAAUUCGCCAUGGAUGAGUCGGACCAUGAGCA